AGAACAUCCUACCACCGCCACUACCACCAUCGCCAUUGCCCUCUGACAGAGUUCCCGCAGGCGUGACAUCCCUCCUCUUCCCCCUCCUCGCAAUUGGUGGUCACCAUGUCCAAUCCCCUCCUGGCAUUGCUCAACAAGGCGGGCUCACAGCUCUCGCCAUCAGCAUCAGCAAAGGCUACAGAGCAUGCUCCCUCUCCCUCACCUUCACCGUUGCCACCAUCGCCACCUUCUGCCCCUUCCUCAUUAGCCUCGCCCUCCUCUCCAGCUACCGCCGUCAAGAAUGGUCCUCGUAGUCCCACGGACUUGUCAAGUCUGCUCUCACCCGGCCUGGCUUCUCCUCCCACUUCCUUUGCUCCCCAUGCCUCGCUCUUGAGCUUGCUUAGCACAGCGACCCCUCCUGCCGCUCCUGCCAGAGGCGCAGAGAGCUCAUCAGUGUCUGCAGAUGCAACGAGUGCUACUGCUGGGCCAUCAAAUGCUCCUUCGACGGGCUCGAGGUCGCGCAGAGCUCUCGGUAGCAGAGUCACCGAAGAUCCACUUCCAUCGAGCCCUUCCUCUGACAUUGCCAAGGCUCGACUGCUGGGACUCUUGACCGGACCCGCCACCAGCUUUGAACUAGUGCAAGAGGAGCGCAAGACGACACCAGCGCCCCAGGCAGCAGCAGAGCAAUCUCACUCACCUGAGCCUCAGCAAACUCGGCCACCUGUUCCAUCUUCGCAGACGUCCUAUGCACAUGCAGCUGCCCAGCCUAGCAAGUUUGACUUUCAGAGCUCUUUUGAUCAAUUUCUCCCUGGUGAAGUAAAGCCCACGCAACCCGCAAAGACAUUGGACACCGGGCUUGUUCGAAGACCUGCGGAGCCACAGCUCAAGGAAGAAGAUGGUGUAUCCAGCACAAAAUCGGCGUCUGCUAGCAGUGUUGCACCACAAUCUAUACCCGGUCCUCCACCCUUCCAAAAGAUUAGCCUAAAGAAAGAUGUGCGAGCAUCCUCGGAUCGCAUCGAGCUGAAGCCAGCGGAAGAAUUCCUCGCCUCAAAGUAUGUCGCGGCUUUGCAUCGCGAACACUCAUUUGCUGAGGAAUCCACCUCUGGUCUUUCGAACACUCAGCAAUCUCCGAUGACCACGACCAUCGAUCUGGACCUUGUGGCCCCUCAGCCUGCAGGUGUCAACAGCCUGCACCCUGCCAAGCUCGAGAUUUCUCAAAUCGCACUCGUGGAUUCGUCAUUCGAGCACCACGCUUCGGACAUUUACGCAGAAGGAAUCAAGGAGUCCCAAUUGUUGUCUCAACUCCAUACCUCCAAGAUUACGAAUCUGGGUGAGGACGUCGUCGCGUACGCCAUGAACAAGGGCAGAAUCCGUCUCCUCCAUCUGCGCACUGGCGAGCGAGCCAUGUUGCAGGUCCCGCACAAACGUACGAUCCUCACCAUCAGGGCCUUUGCUGCGAGUGAUGAAAGCGAUUGGCGUGUGCUGGCCGUGUUCGAUGGAUCCGAGGACGGCAAGGCAGAAGGCACCUUUGUAUGGAAAGUAACCCUUGACGGCAGCUUCCAGAGCGAAGCCCUGGCUACGAUCAGCUCCCAAUUGUCCAACUACAGGCUUCUCGCUUGCCAGCAAGGCAGCAAGUACUCGUAUGAUGCGCAUCUAUGCGCACUAAUUGACGCCCAGCCGGGGGGAUCAGUCAAGGCAGCAAUGGCGCACCUCUUUUCGGAUCUCGGCCAAUUGUCGCAAUCGACGCAAGCUCAAGCGAGCGUGUCUCACGAACACCAGGUGGUGGCAGCUGCGAUUGCGUCGCAGCGUUCAGCCUAUGCUGCAAUUGAAGUGGGCAGCGAAGUACAAGUCGUAGUCAGGUCCUCGGCUGCAGGAGGUCUUGCCAGGGUCAAUCUGCCACCCUUGGGCGACAUUGACGAGCCCCUACCACCCGUGAGCUUCAUCGCGCCUGUCCAUCCUCAGGAAAGCGCAAAGGAAGAGGGUCGGACUGCUAUCCUCGUAGGGUUCGCUCGCAACACGAUCAUCGGCCUCUUCGAUGUCCAGAAUGGCUGGCGAUACAUUUGGCGCUUCCAGAACAUGCCGGGAGAUCACUUCAACUUGGCCCACUUCAAUGAAGAAGCGUCGACACUCUUCCUCGCCAACAGCGCUCGUUCCUCCAUCUUUACUCUGCAGCUACUCGUGUCAUCCGGUGGUCCGAAGCACCAGUGGUCCCUUCACAGCCCUCAGCGACUGAUUGAGUAUGCCCUGCCCGAGCCAUGCACCUCUUUCAGCAUCACCAGAAAGCAAAGCAAUGAUGCAGUCGAUGGCUUCAAAAUCUUUGCCGUCCAUCCUGGAGGGGUGCACUCGUUUGAAAUUCCGCUGCCAUCACCGGUUUCUGACCCAGAUGACGACCAGCCGUCGACAGCCCGGGCCCUAGCCGAUGACUCAAAGCAAUAUGAGGACGCAAAAGUGGAGCAGACUGCUGACGUGCCCCAUGAAGUCACGGGCCGAGACACAGCAGAGGGCGGCGAGGUCAAGUCCGUCGCCGAGCAGCCUGUAGCAGCAGACGAUGCCACACACGAUCAAGCCCGCUCAUCGCUCGAGCGAGGAGAGGCGACGAUGCAAUUUUCGGAGCUGCCGACCGCCGAUAUGCUACCUUCCUCGCACCAGUCGCAAACCACAGCACCCGUCUCUAGCGCCACGGCGGCCCAACCAGGCUCCAUCAGUAUGGCCGAGCAGGGCCGUACGCACUCGAGGCGGGGAACGCGAGGCGGCAGCAAAACCAAAAAAGCCGUGGCCAAUGAAGACGGCACGCACUCGAGGACUGCGUCGUCGACGACCAAUGCUGAUACGGUCACGAAUGGCGCUUCUACACAUGCCAAGGCUGACCUCAAGAGCCGAUCUGCAAACGACGCUGAGCCAAAGGAAGUCGGCUUCGACGACGCCGCACUCCAGAAGCACCUCCAAUCGAUGGAGACUCGUUUGACGGACAAGCUUGGCAAAAUGAUCUCGUCUUCUGCCAAAACCACCCAUGCUUCUCCGGCCGUCGAGCUACCACCCUCCUCAUUGUCGACCAUUGCGGGUGAGGUUGCCAAGAUUCUCUCUGCAGAGAUCAACGCCGCCAUUGUCCCUCAAGUCCUGGCAUCUUUGCGAAGUGUCACUCAGACCGAGAUGCGUGGUGGCUUUAGCGAAGCAGUGCAGCAACAUUUGCCUGCAGAGCUCUCGAGGUUGAUCGACCGACCAGAUGUUCACACUAACAUCACUCGAGCAGUCUCCGCUGGCGUAGUGCCCGUGGCUCAGAGGACGGCCGUCGAGGUAGUCACCCAGGUACUUGCGCCUCACUUUGAGCAGACGAUGCUCGGUGUAGCACAGAGAGUAGAGGCGGUGAUCGGCAGUGGCCUUACCGACGUGCGCAAGUCCAUCGUCGCCGAACAAGGCACAGCCUUGAAGGCGACGGAAAAGUCCAUUGCCGAAAUGAGCAGCGCUUUGACGUUGAUGAGCAAACAAGUGACAGAUCUCUCGACUCAGAAUGAAGCACUGUCCAAGACUCUUGAGGAACUGAAGCGCAGCGGCAUCCAUCGCGAGGUACCUCCGGCACCCUCUUCGGCUGCUAAUUUGGCACGACAAAUUUCUCCUGGACAUCCACAGAGUCCGUGGGUUCCAAUUGAGCCAUUCCAGUCUCCCUUUGCCCAGCCAAGCUCCUUUGGCCCAGGAGGUCCUCCAUACCCCUCUCAUCCUCCGAUUGGCGGACCACCGAACGCCUAUGCCCCUUGGCCACCUGGCCCCACGUCCUAUCAGGCCGCUCGUGGACCGCAGAACGACACGUACCAUAACAACGUAUACCGAGGUACACCAGCCCCGCAGCGUCCCAUUGGCGGCGAGGAAGUUGUAGAAGACGCUCUUCUCUCAGCCUUGUCCUCUUCGAAUCCAGAGACGGCCAUCUUGCCUGUUCUGCAAAGGCUCAAGGUACAGCAUGGACGAGCAGAGGCUGCUUUGCUGCAACGCGAUGCAGUGAGUGGCGUGGAGAAGCUGACGGUCUCACAGCCGGUCCUGCUGGCUCUGCUCAAUGCCCUCUCCAACAUUGCAAAGGCGGCCGCGACCUACAAUACGGCCAGUGGCAGUGGGCCAGAAGUCUUUGUGCCUUGGGCCGAAGCUUGUGCGAUGAGACUCGAUGUUGCUGAUGACUCCAUCAAGGCUGCGUAUUCUCGCGUUCAAGAGAGGAUCCGAAGGGGUUUCGAAGAGGGAUGGGCCGAGCACCACGUCAAGGUCGACUCGAUGUGGUGGAGCCGAGGUCGACUAGACGCAUACCUGCUGAGAUUCCUGCCCGUCGCCUGAAUGGCAACAUGGCAUUAAGAUGGGCGCACUGUAACGCUCCGAUACCACUUUGCCUUUGUCAUCCUCCGUCACCGCUUGUCAGUGUGGUCCUGUCGUCGUGUUGUCAUCAUACCUUGUGUUUCAUCAAUUCAGUCUGUUGAC